AUGGCCGACCAGAUCUUGGACCAGAUUCGCACUGCAGUUGAGGGGCAGAUUGAUUUUGAGGGGCAGAAGCUGGCGGACCUGAUCGCGAACGUCGCCCUGUCGCUCGUGGGAGCAAUCGCAUUCUUCGUGGGAUACCUGCUCCAGGACAUCAAGCUGGCUGUCUGGGUUGCUCUCGGCGGCACUGCCCUAACCUUUCUUGUCGUUGUCCCGGCGUGGCCGUUCUACAACCAAAAUCCCGUCAAAUGGCUUUCAGCAAGGAAAGCGCCCGACUUGUCGAACUUGGUUGUGAACGAGAAAGCAGCGAGGUGA